GGAACUUAACCUAUUAUUUUUUUGAAACAACAAGAAUAAACAUGGAAUAAACCAUGAAUACACGGAAUAAAUUCAAUAUGUGUGCUGUUUUACUAGAAUUAAUUAAGUCAAAAUCAGAAUUGUGUUUGUAUUCAGAAGAAAUAAACACUAAUGUUGCCCAAACAUUUAAACAGUGUUUAGAGGAAUGUUACAAACAGAAUCAGGAUAUAGACAAGAAUUUAGAAAUGAAAAUAGAAUCAGUGAUUGAUUUCUUGUAUGAAGAAUUAAAUACUGGUCAUUGGAGUGAAGUGCCUCUUAAUAUUAGACGUGCUUACAGUUCAGCAUCUUUUGUUAAAGCAAUAAUAUUAUUAAAGUAUGAUAAAUCUGGAGAAGGUAUUAAAAAAGCAUUAAAAUGUAUAGAUAUGGGUAUUUUGCUAGGUGCUCCUUUGGGGUAUAAUCAAAAUCUUUUAAUAGAUAGUGCUUCACAGUUGAUGAAACUUUUAAAUAAUAGUGAAGAGUGUACAGGAGUUUGCCCAGAGCCAAGUUCACAGGAAUUAGAAAUACCUGAACCAAAAAGAUAUAAAGUUGAUAACUCAGAAAAAGAAAAUUAUAUAUAUUGUGAAGGGGUUGAAAUUCCUACUGAAGACUGUCCAUCCUUGCAACAUUUCAAUAAUAAAUAUUUUAUGUCACAAGUACCUGUAAAAAUAAGAGGUACUGCCUACUUGUAUUAA